GCUAGCGGUGCUUUUCGAGCCGCCUCCUUUCCUUCUGUUCUUUGGGUGGUUGUCGCUGUGCUCAGGAAGGCCAUUUUGGGGCCUCUACUAUCAACCACUUCAAAGAAAAAUGCGAGACAGUCAUAGUACUUGUGUUCCUCCUACAGUCACUGCUGUAGUGAAGCCAGGGUGUACACGACAACGCAACACGCAGGGUGCUUUGGUUACUGGUGGUUCUACACAGGGGCUUGAGAAGGAACUUUCCACGACAACUUUGAAAAUUUCGCAGCAGCCAUUUUUCCUGCUACGCAGAGAAGAACAAGAAGCAUUCUUCAAGCUCCUAGAGGAUGGCUUGGUACAAGACUUCCUGUCCACAGACACAUGUUACAGAAUCUCAGAUAAGUAUCUUAUAGCCAUGACUAUGAUGUACUUUAAACGAGCUGGCCUACAUACAAAAGAAUAUACACGGAUCAAUCUCUUCAUAGCUCUGUACUUAGCCAAUGACAUGGAAGAAGACACAGAAGACUAUAAAUAUGAAAUCUUCCCCUGGGCGCUUGGCGACAACUGGAGGAAACUAUUUCCACAAUUCUUAAAAAUGAGAGACGGCUUUUGGGCUAAAAUGAAGUAUAGAGCGUUUGUUAGCCGGCGAUGUUGUGAUGAGAUAAUGCUGAGAGAGCCCUCUCACUGGGCCUGGGCCCGUGAACGAGCAUCUCACCACAGUGGGGCGCUGAGGAGUUACCUGAAGAAUGAAGAGGAGUUUGCCCCCAGAGGGCCUGGUGUUACGCCCUCUGUGUGCCUUCUCUGCGUUUUGGACAUGGAAGGAAACGUGGCUCAGAUCACGCCCCCUGCCAGUGAUCUCUUACCGUCAGACGUGUUGAAAGGAGAUUUGGAAAGCUCUCCUUUUCUAAUGCUGGAUUCAGAGACUAACUACACCGUGAUGCAAAUCUUACAGGGACCCACCAUGGAAGAUGGAGCAGAGAAAGAUUGGCAGUUCUUGGCAUAAUAUUUGAUGGCUGAAGACCUCCCCCCACAACCACCGGCAUACCAGAUUUCCCCCAUCGGAGCAGUAGUAUUCGUGGAUGUCCUUCCAUCUACAUUUGCGGCAUUCUAUUUAUAAGCACUUUAUCUUCCUGUUUGUAGAGAGGACACUUAGUAAUACUUAUUAUAUUU